UGUAGUCGUUGGAGAGAGGUGGGCGAGGAGAAGAAGGACCUAAAGAUGCGGAUUGUAGGGGAAGUAUUGUUUUUGUCGCCUUGAGGUGGAAGAGCAUGCAUUUAUCCAGCGUUGCGUUAUGCUGAAACGGUGGAUACCUCGCCGAAUUGAAAGAGGAGCGGAUGUUAUGAGAGGGUGCAAGUUUAUAGCCUCGUUUUAGCUCUGUGUUGAUUUUAAUAGUGAAAUAUCGUUUGUCAGUCUGUCAUACUUAGCAGACUGACAAACAUACAUAGCCUACAUUUUUCUGUACAUGCUCGUGGGCGCUGUCUUACUUCGCAUCAGCUCUUUCUGUAGUCAAUUUCUUCAAUGAAGUCCAGGCGAUGCCGAUACCGACGGACCAUUGUGUGCGGCUUAUUUAUUUGUUUUCUGCAGCUGGAUUUGUAACCACAACCAGCCAUGCCCGAGCCGCUGUCGUGCCGUUAUUAUAAGAUGGAAUGCAAGUUUUGUGUUGCACUGCGACACGCUUUUCAGUGUUAUUCAUGCCCGCGAUAUCCAUUGCGCGCUUAGCGCCAUUAGCGUUUUACGCGUUUUUAAUUUGACGUUAAAGGCACCGAGGCAGCGAUGCGCGAGUACAAAGUCGUGGUGCUGGGCAGCGGUGGAGUGGGGAAGUCCGCCCUGACCGUGCAGUUUGUGACCGGGACCUUCAUAGAGAAGUACGACCCGACAAUCGAGGAUUUUUACCGCAAGGAGAUCGAGGUGGAUUCCUCCCCGUCCGUACUGGAGAUCCUCGACACGGCCGGGACGGAGCAGUUCGCCUCUAUGCGGGACCUGUACAUCAAGAACGGCCAGGGCUUCAUCCUCGUCUACAGCCUCGUGAACCAGCAGAGCUUUCAAGACAUCAAACCAAUGAGAGAUCAGAUCAUCAGAGUGAAAAGGUAUGAGAGGGUGCCUGUGAUCCUGGUGGGAAACAAGGUGGACUUGGAGAACGAGCGGGAGGUGUCGUCUGAUGAGGGCCAGGCGCUGGCCGAGGAGUGGGGCUGUCCCUUCAUGGAGACCUCGGCCAAGAGCAAGACCAUGGUGGACGAGCUCUUCACCGAGAUCGUCAGACAGAUGGACUACGCUUCGUUGCCGGACAAGGAAGACCGCUGUUGUUCUUCGUGUAAUAUACAGUAGCAACUCCACUCACUCGUCGUCAUCCCUCACUCACUCAAACCUGUUUCAAAUGUUCAAGGAGAAGAGAGAACGUAGCAGCUGACCAUUUUGAAAUCGUCAUCGAUCACAUUCCAUCACACGCGACACACGACAGACACAGAGCUUGUUGCAGUUGAAGAGCUUGUUGCAGUUGCGAUUGCCAACCUGACAGAGGGGAUGGAAGGAGAGACUUUGUGCUGGUCUGCCUCUACUUGCAAAGUUUACUCCCUCAAGUUAUUACUCCUGUCUCACCCUUUCGUUUAGAUGUUGGAAGCAAAAUACGAACAUGAAUAUGUGAACAAAAAGAAGAUUUUCACAUUUAAAAAAAAAAAUGUUGACAGUGUCAAUCACAUAAACUUCGUCUUGUGCCAUUCGAGCCCUCUGAGGUUGAAGUUCUGCUUGUCCUGUCCCCCCAGUGAGUGACAUGUUGGGGGCUGUGAAGAAGACAAAGGGGCGUGCUGGUGACGGCACAUUUCUGCGCAGUCUGCAAAGCGGGCAUGCAUACUUUGCAAGAAUGUUCUAACCAGAAUGCAUCGUAAUUUUUGCAUUGUGCAAGCGUAGCCUACUGCGCAGACUUGGCAGAAAUGCGGUGUCACGAACGUCAUGUUGUAUCCAGAAACAUUGAUGACUGACUGGCUUGUUAGUCCUGGAGUGCAUCUUAAUAUGCGACCUUGCCUCCUCCACUUGCCUCCUCCACUCGCUUCUCGUCAUGAUGACAUCACUGACGACAGCAUUAUAUUUCAAUAUCUUGCAAAAGCUCAAUUGUAGAGUCUUUUUCUCGUUUGCAAUUGUUAUGGUGAAUGAAAAACAGUCCCUCAAAAGUUGUUGUGGCUAGGCUGACAGCUGGGAAACUUUAUCGUUUUCUCCACGGAGGAGGGGCCAGGAUGCGGGGCGAGGAGACAAGCGCAAGUGGAGGAGGCAAGGUCACAUAUUAAGACGCACUCCUGGGUUUGAUGGUGGAGGAAGGCCUGUGUGGGCCAAUGAAGUGCUCAGGGGCGUCUUUUAAGACUCAUCAGGGAUCCAAGUUACGUAAAUACUGGACUGAGCUUGAUUUAGUACAAUCAUCAUCCCAAAAAAAGUUGACGAUCAAAGAACUAAAUCUUUGAAGAGAAUCUAGCAGAGCCAUGAUCGUAUUAUCCAAAUGUUAAGAAUGUGAAAUGCAUCUUUUCUUUGGUCUCACUUGAACAAUGAAGUUGAGGCGUGAAAAAGAAUAACAUGCCCUCUUUACAUUUUCUAAAGAGUGUCAGUAAGUUUUUUUUUAAGGUGAAUGUUUGGUUUAAUCAAUGUUUUGCCAUUUGCUGUCAAUAGUGUAGGACAUGUUUUCGAAAUGACAUUGACAUGGCAAAUCUCAAAAACACACCAAAUGUGUUGUUUAUUCCUGAUUUAACCAUGACAAAUCAGAAUAAAUAUAGGAUGAAUUGUAUUGAUAAAAUAGAACACAGUUUUGUAUAUUUUUAUGGAAAACAUGAAAUGUAAAUGGAUUUAUCAAAUAGUGUGCAUGGCUAAUGUGGAGACCACGUUGUGUUCAGUUUGGGGUUGAUUUCAUUACACAUCAUUUAGAGACCCAUAGGAAUUGGAAAACUGGUAACGUCCCUUAAAGAACCGACAGGUGGGUUGUGGGGGAACCUAAAAGUUCUUGGGAGAACUCCAGGUUUUUAGGAGAACCUAUUGGGGUUCUUCCACGGCAGUAAUUGAAGGGUUCCUGAAAGACCCUUUGGAAUCUGAGGAACCUUCAAGAAAACCCUUUUUCAAGAGUAGAAAGAGUAGAAAUCUGCACACAGUAGCUCUGCUUUGAAAGUUUAUUCAUAUGACUUGAGUAAACGAGCUACAGUUGCGGGCUUCUUCUCUCUCUACUGUCAGAUACGCCUUUGUACUGCACCUGGCCUCAGAGAGAUGGGAUGUGCAUAGGCCUACUUGUACUAAUCUGAACCUUUUUUUUUUUUUUUGAAGAAGAAGAAGAACCAAUUCUGACAUACUGCAUCAUGUCCUCUGAGAACUUUUAGGAGUACCUUCAUAGUGGCAAACUGAAGUGUCUUUGGGGAACUUUUCAAUGUUUGCAGUGUAAAGUGGACUAGCUGGGUGGAGCUAGACUUCAGAAGGCUGUGUCUGCAUUGCCAUGAGGAUAUUUUAUUGCCUUGUAACGUUACACACAAUCUUUAUU